ACUAUCAAUAUGAAAUGCUCACGAAUGUCAGGAAAUGUCUGAUCACUGUUACCAGCAACCCACGCGUGUUCGUUGCAAAGUUCUAAGUCAUGUGACCCACGGUACGCCUGGAAACAAUAAUAGCUGAUCUAUACCAUGACGUCACCGACCCUACAGCACAGCUAGAAAUGCUUCCUUGUACUUUCUAAUACGGAACGGGGAUCACAUUAUUUCCAGGUUUAACUUUUUUUGUUUUGCCUUGUUAUUUUCAAUGCUGGAUCAUUCCACCCACCCAGGCAUGAUGCAAAUCAGACUACCGAUUCCUUAAAUGAGGAAACCUCUACAACAAGCAACCCAUUAAAACCACACAACUCACUGCAUCUCAAACCAUGGAGUCAAAGAAAGAAUCUGGAAGAAGAUUGCGCGCCAUGGACCGCAGGAGAUACGCCGAGCAAGAAGACGUGUCGGACGUGGAGGAGAUGGUCAGCGUCAGGAGCUUCAGCCUGGAGCAGAAAGUCCACAGCAACACCUACCGAGGGGACUUCGUGCGGCUCAUGGAGGGCAAAGAUUUUACCUAUGAAUACGUGCAAAGGGAAGCUCUUCGUGUUCCUCUUCUUUUUCAAAGCAAAGAAGGGCUUGGCAUCAAAAUGCCUGAACAAGAUUUCACUGUUCGAGAUGUCAAGUUUCUAGUGGGGAGCCGCCGUAUCGUUGAUGUGAUGGAUGUGAAUACACAGAAGGCCAUUGACAUGAGUAUGUCUCAGUUUGUAAGAUACUACGAAACACCUGAAACUGAAAGGGAAAAACUGUACAACGUGAUCAGCCUGGAGUUCAGCCACACGAAGCUAGAAAAAGUAGUCAAGAGACCUACAGUGGUGGAUGCAGUAGAUUGGGUGGAUAAUAUGUGGCCUCCGCAUUUAAAGCAGAAACAAAAAGAUUCAACAAAUGUAAUAUCGGAAAUGAAAUAUCCUAAAGUGAAAAAGUACUGUUUGAUGAGUGUUAAGGGCUCCUUUACAGACUUUCAUAUUGAUUUUGGAGGAACAUCAGUUUGGUAUCAUAUUUUUCGUGGUGGAAAGGUUUUUUGGUUGAUUCCUCCUACUGUUUACAAUUUGCAGCUUUAUGAGGAAUGGCUGUUAUCAGGGAAACAAACUGACAUCUUUCUGGGAGAUCAGGCACAAGGAUGCCAAAAGAUUGAGCUAUAUCAAGGGAACACAUUCUUUAUUCCUUCAGGCCGCCUCACAGCUGGUUACUUUUUGAUUGUAGGAUGGAUCCAUGCAGUGUAUACGCCGGCAGACUCACUCGUGUUUGGCGGCAACAUAUUGCACAGCUUUAAUAUUCCCAUGCAACUUCGUGUAUAUGAAAUUGAAGAUCGAACUAGGGUACAUGCCAGAUUUCGUUAUCCCUUCUAUUAUGAGAUGUGCUGGUAUGUUUUAGAGAGAUAUGUAUGCACAUUAACGAAGAGAUCCCACCUUAUCAAAGAGUAUCAAAGAGAGUCCAUGUUAUUUGAUGUAACCACAAAGACCAGUAUAGACACCCUAUCAUCUGAUUCCUGGUUAGAAAUGGAGGAAGAGUCAUGUGAUGCACACACACAUGAGGAAAAAGAUGACCUUAUUGAGAGGACCUCCAAACUUUCAGGUGAUGAAGACACAUCGCCAAACAGCACACAUUAUGAUGAAAAGGAGGCAGCUGAUGGUAUACAGAAGGUCACCUUAAUGCAGUAUCUUAAAAGAACUUUGUCUAAUGACUCAGAUGAAAGUGGGAAGUCAAUUGCGCACUGUGAUUUUCCAAAAACUCCAGCUGGCUCUCCAACUACUGAGGUACCAACACGGUGGAAGCACCUCACAGAGUUUGAAUUGAAGGGUCUGAAAGCCCUGGUAGAGAAACUAGAGUCCCUCCCAGAGAAUAAGAAAUGUGUCCCUGAAGGAAUUGAAGAUCCAGAUGCACUCCUGGAUGACAUGAAGAAUGUACUGAAAGAACAUGCGGAUGAUGACCAUAAUCUGGCAAUUUCUGGGAUACCUGUGGUGUCAUGGCCAAAAAAAACAAACAAGAACAAGGCAGUGGGAAGACCAAAGGGAAAGCUUGCUACCUCUCCCGCCGUGAAACUUUCUGCUAACCGCACCAGUUCCGGAGCACGUCGGAGACGGACACGUUGCCGCAAAUGUGAGGCGUGUUUGCGAACAGAGUGUGGGGAGUGUCACUUUUGCAAGGAUAUGAAAAAGUUUGGUGGUCCUGGAAGGAUGAAGCAAUCCUGUAUCAUGAGGCAGUGCAUCGCUCCUGUGCUGCCUCAUACAGCUGUUUGCUUGGUUUGUGGUGAAGCUGGAAAAGAAGACUGCGUAGAAGGACAAGAGGCAAAGUUUAAUGUCAUGCUAAUGGAGUGCUCUAUUUGUAAUGAAAUAAUCCACCCAGGAUGCCUUAAAAUAAAGGAAUCAGAUGGUGUUGUGAAUGACGAGCUUCCAAACUGCUGGGAGUGUCCAAAGUGUAAUCAUGCUGGCAAAACUGGGAAAGCCUACAAGCAAAAAAGAGGUCCAGGAUUUAAAUAUGCUUCCAACCUGCCUGGGUCGCUGCUUAAGGAACAAAAGAUCAACAGGGACAAUAAGGAAUUAACAGACACUGUUAAGAGGAAGGUAGAACGUGAAGAGACCCCCAGGCAGAAUCCUGAAGAGCAGCCCAAAAAGAAACUUGUUGAAGACAUUGUGAAAAAGAAGCCUGAAGAAGGCCACAGGAAGAAACGGACGCUUGAGAAGCCUGCAGAACCUGCAGUUCGAAAACGGUUAAAACUUGGAAAAGAAGAGAAUAACUUAAGGAAAAAGAGAAAAUCAUGGAAGACACCAGAUGAACGAGUAUUAAUGGCCAAAACCUUAAGGCGUAUAAAGCAGGAGCCAGGGGAUGAUAUGACUGAGUUGGCACCAAAACCCAAGGAAAGUGACCAAUCCAGAUCCAGUUCACCCACUGCAGGCCCAAGUACAGAGGCUCCAGAUCCCAAAAAGAAAAAGAAAUUCCGCAGGAAAAAAAAGGUGCCCAAUAAAGAACUGAGCAAAGAGUUGAGCAAGGAGUUAAACCAAGAAAUACAGAAAACUGAAAGCAGUCUGGCUAAUGAGAACCAUCAUCCCAUCAAAUCUGAGCCAGAGAGUGAAGAAGACAAUCCCAAGAGAUGUACAAACAACCAUGACGGUGAAAGGAUGCACAGAUUCAGUAAAGGACUGAAUGGGACUCCAAAAGAUUUCAGACAUCAAGGCUUCCCUAGCCCAAGAUCACCAAGAGUUAUUACUCGCCCACCUCCUUCACUAUCUCCUCCUAAAUGUGUGCAAAUGGAACGCCAUGUCAUACGACCACCUCCGAUUAGCCCUCCUCCGGAUUCUCUGCCUUUGGAAAAUGGGGCAUCUCAUGUGAUUAAAAUAGAGGUAUGGAUGAAAAUCUUCAGCUACCUCAGCCACAGGGACUUGUGCAUUUGUAUGAGGGUCUGCAAAACCUGGAACAGAUGGUGCUGUGACAAAAGGCUGUGGGCAAGAAUCGAUUUAAACCGAUGCAAAUCAAUCACUCCACUCAUGCUCAGUGGAAUAAUCCGAAGGCAACCACUUUCACUUGACCUCAGUUGGACAAAUAUAUCCAAAAAGCAGCUCAGCUGGCUCAUCAACAGGCUUCCAGCUCUCCGUGAUCUCAAUUUAUCUGGGUGUUCUUGGAUUGCUGUUUCGGCUCUGUGUAGUUCCAGCUGUCCUUUGCUACGCUGCCUCAAUGUCCAGUGGGUGGAAGGGCUCAAAGAUGCACAGAUGAGAGAUCUCUUAUCACCACCAACAGAUAACAGACCAGGUCAGAUUGAUAACCGCAGCAAAUUGCGAAACAUUGUAGAUCUUCGUUUGGCGGGUCUGGACAUUACUGAUGCCUCAUUGCGCCUCAUGAUUCGACACAUGCCUCUGCUCGCCAAACUGGACUUGAGUUAUUGUAACCAUAUUACGGAUCAGUCGAUCAACCUCCUCACAGCAGUGGGGACUUCGACCAGGGAUUCUUUAAUAGAAUUAAAUUUAUCAGACUGCAAUAAUGUUACAGACCAGAGCCUGAUGUACUUUAAACGUUGUGCGAACAUCUGCCUGAUUGACCUCAGGUUCUGUAAGCAAGUUACGAAGGAAAGCUGUGAACAGUUCAUUGCAGAAAUGUCUGUCAUUUUACAAUUUGGGCAAACAGAAGAAAAGCUGCUUCAAAAGAUUAGCUAAUUAAGGAUAGCCUUUGUACAGUGUGUAUACAAUAAAGCUUAUUUAAAAAGCUGCAACUGAAAGACAAUUUUGGCCUUACAAGUUUUAUAUGGAGGCUAGUCUGCAAACUAACCUCUGGAUCAAGAUUCCCUCCAAUGGUUUCUCCAGCACCUCAAACACCAGCUGCCGCGAAGGUUGACACUGGAUUAAGCGUUUACCUUCCAUGGACACCUCUUUAAAACCCAAGGGCAUGCGCCUAUUUGUUUCAUUUUAUUGGCUCUUCAACUGUUGCAUUUUCUAAUGUCUUUAUGUGGGCCAUCCAGAGCAUUUAAGCCUUCCAGAAUCUGGUGAAAAAUAAUUUCAUACGUUAUGCAGAAAUAUUUUUGUAAACUAUUUAAAAAAAAAAAAAAUUAUUAUUAUUAUAUUUGCAGUGUCUGAAUGCAUACUACUGUUUGUUUUCUUUUAGGCUGCCAAUCUUUCCAUGUAUAGUAAAUUUAUCUAGGCAGCGCGCAGUCUGCAUAACUAAAACCAGAUCAUCAUUGUGACCACUAGACGCAUGUUUCAAAGAGUUUUCUUCUUUGCACAUUUGCAUGCAGAAAUGUAUGUUGAUUUCAGACACAAAUCAUUUUCACAAUACAGUGUCACACAACUGUUUUAGGCAUUACAGCCUAGUGUGUACAAUUCAUUUAAAAAGGAUCAGUGAGUCUUAUAGUGUGCCAUCUAGGUUAUUUAAAGUUUGACACAGCAGAGUCUGCUUAUAACCCUUCUGCCUUCUAAUAGUGCCAUUGUUUUAAGGUGUUUUUUGUUUUCCGUUGAAAGCACCCAUCCACUUCCUGUUUGUAUUGACUGUUCACGGAACAGAAGAAAAGUUUUACUGUUAGAAUGAAAUGGUUUUACGGUUAUUUUCCUGGCUAUAAAAUAUAAAAAUCCAGAUAAUGUUUCAGGAAAAACUCAUUGGCAUUUCCUUUUGUAAAUGUAUGCCUCUUGCACUGGAAAAUUUAAGAAUGGGGUUAGUAUAAAAGGUGAAUGAAUGCCUUUUACAAGUCUUUCCACUUCGAGUCAGAUGUAUACUUUUUUUUUUAUGUAAGUAAUGUUGAAAUUAAGUGUAUCAUGUUUAUUUAUGAACACAUUUAUUAAAUUCUUUUAAUAGAA